GCUUUCCAAAACGUAUUGCUUUCCUCUGAGAAUGAUUUAGUUUUGUGUUUUGUUUUAAUUGUAAGAAUCUAUAAUACAGUAGUUUUGCUUCGUUCCUAUUGUGCUCGAAGGGUGGAAACAACUAUUAAUUUGCCUUCUCAGGUCUUAUUUAUAAAAUUCAUUCUUUCUCUUGGCUCUGCUAGGGUUAAAACACAUUUAGAACAUGGGUAACUCAUUCGAUUUCGGAGUUCUUUUAAUUCUGAAAGAUUUGAAGUCUUCUAGAAGCCAAAAUGGGACACAGUAAACAGGUUAGAAUUCUACUUCUGAACGAAAUGGAAAAGCUGGAAAAGACCCUCUUCAGACUUGAACAAGGGUUCGAACUACAGUUCCGAUUAGGCCCCACUUUACAGGGAAAAGCAGUUACUGUGUAUACAAAUUACCCAUUUCCUGGAGAAGCAUUUAAUCGAGAAAAAUUCCGUUCCCUGGAAUGGGAAAAUCCAACAGAGAGAGAAGAUGAUUCUGAUAAAUACUGUAAACUUAAUCUUCAGCAAGCUGGAUCAUUUCAGUAUUACUUUCUUCAAGGAAAUGAGAAAAGUGGUGGCGGUUACAUAGUUGUGGAUCCUGUUUUACAUGUUGGUGCUGAUAAUCAUGUGUUACCCUUGGACUGUGUUACGCUCCAGACAUUUUUAGCCAAAUGUCUGGGACCUUUUGAUGAAUGGGAAAGCAGACUUAGGGUUGCAAAAGAAUCAGGUUACAACAUGAUUCAUUUUACCCCAUUACAGACUCUUGGACUAUCUAGAUCAUGCUACUCCCUUGCCAACCAGUUAGAAUUAAAUCCUGACUUUUCAAGACCUAAUAAAAAGUAUACCUGGAAUGAUGUUGGACAACUAGUGGAAAAAUUGAAAAAGGAAUGGAAUAUUCUUUGUAUUACUGAUGUUGUCUACAACCAUACUGCUGCUAAUAGUAGAUGGAUCCAAGAACAUCCAGAAUGUGCAUAUAAUCUUGUAAAUUCUCCACACUUAAAGCCUGCCUGGGUCUUAGACAGAGCACUGUGGCAUUUAUCCUGUGACGUUGCAGAAGGGAAAUACAAAGAAAAAGGAGUACCGGCUUUGAUUGAAAAUGAUCAUCAAAUGAAUUGCAUUCGAAAAGUAAUUUGGGAAGAUAUUUUUCCAAAGACUCAGCUCUGGGAAUUUUUCCAAGUAGAUGUUUACAAAGCAGUUGAGCAAUUUAGAGGACUUCUUACACAAGGAAAUAGGAAAAUAACAACCCAGCCUGAUCCAAAGGAACACCUUAAGAUUAUUCAGGAUCCUGAAUACAGAAGGCUUGGCUGUACUGUAGAUAUGAACAUUGCACUAGCAACUUUCAUACCACAUGACAAGGGCCCAGCUGCAAUUGAUGAAUGCUGUAAUUGGUUCCGUAAGAGAAUUGAGGAGUUAAAUUCAGAGAAGCAUCAACUCAUGAACUAUCAUCAGGAACAGGUGGUUAAUUGCCUUUUGGGAAAUGUGUUUUAUGAACGACUGGCUGGCCAUGGCCCUAAAUUAGGACCUGUCACUAGAAAACAUCCUCUAGUUACCAGGUAUUUUACGUUCCCAUAUGAAGAAAUGACCCUCUCCGCAGAAGAAUCUAUGAUUCAUAACCCAAAUAAAGCUUGUUUUCUGAUGGUGCAUAAUGGAUGGGUAAUGGGAGAUGAUCCCCUUCGAAACUUUGCUGAACCGGGCUCAGAAGUUUAUCUAAGGAGAGAACUUAUUUGCUGGGGAGACAGUGUUAAAUUACGCUAUGGGAAUAAACCAGAGGACUGUCCUUUUCUCUGGGCACACAUGAAAAAAUACACUGAAAUAACUGCAACUUACUUCCAAGGAGUGCGUCUUGAUAACUGCCACUCAACUCCUCUUCAUGUAGCUGAGUACAUGUUGGAUGCUGCUAGGAAAUUGCAACCCAAUUUGUAUGUAGUAGCCGAACUGUUCACAGGAAGCGAAGACCUGGACAAUAUCUUCGUUACUAGACUGGGCAUUAGUUCCCUAAUAAGAGAGGCAAUGAGUGCAUAUAAUAGCCAUGAAGAGGGCAGACUGGUUUACAGAUACGGAGGAGAACCUGUUGGAUCCUUUGUUCAGCCCUGUUUGAGGCCGUUAAUGCCAGCUAUUGCACAUGCCCUGUUUAUGGAUAUUACCCACGAUAACGAGUGUCCCAUUGUGCAUAGGUCAGAAUAUGAUGCUCUGCCAAGUACCACGAUUGUUUCCAUGGCGUGUUGUGCUAGUGGAAGUACUAAAGGCUAUGAUGAAUUAGUGCCUCAUCAGAUUUCAGUGGUUUCUGAAGAACGAUUUUAUACGAAGUGGAAUCCUGGAGCAUCUCCAUCAGAUAAAGGUGAAGUUAGUUUCCAAAGUGGAAUUAUUGCAGCCAGAUGUGCUAUCAAUAAACUUCAUCAAGAGCUUGGGGCCAAGGGUUUCAUUCAGGUAUAUGUGGAUCAGGUUGAUGAAGACAUAGUGGCAGUAACAAGACAUUCACCCAGCAUUCAUCAGUCUGUUGUAUCUGUGUCUAGAACUGCUUUCAGGAAUCCUAAGACUUCAUUUUACAGCAAAGAAGUGCCUCAAAUGUGCAUCCCUGGCAAAAUUGAAGAAGUAGUUCUUGAAGCCAGAACUGUUGAGAGAAAUACAAAACCUUAUCAGAAGGAUGAGCAUGCGAUCAAUGGAAUGCCAAACAUCACAGUAGAAAUUAGAGAACAUAUUCAGCUUAGUGAAAGUAAAAUUGUUAAACAAGCUGGAGUUGCCACAAAAGGACCCAAUGAAUAUAUUCAAGAAAUAGAAUUUGAAAAUUUGUCUCCAGGAAGUGUUAUUAUAUUCAGAGUUAGUCUUGAUCCACAUGCACAAGUUGCUGUUGGAAUUCUUCGAAAUCAUCUGACUCAGUUCAGUCCUCACUUUAAAUCUGGGAGCCUUGCUGUUGACAACUCAGAUCCUAUAUUAAAAACUCCUUUUGCUUUCAUUGCCUCAAAAUUAACUUUGGCUGAGCUGAAUCAGGUACUUUACCGAUGUGAAGCUGAAGAAAAAGAGGAUGGUGGAGGCUGUUAUGACAUACCAAACUGGUCAUCUCUUAAAUAUGCAGGUCUUCAAGGAUUAAUGUCCGUCUUGGCAGAAAUAAGACCAAAGAAUGACUUGGGACAUCCCUUUUGUGAUAAUUUGAGAUCUGGAGAUUGGAUGAUUGAUUAUGUCAGUAACCGACUUAUUUCACGAUCAGGAACUAUUGCUGAAGUUGGUAAAUGGUUGCAGGCUAUGUUCUUCUACCUGAAGCAGAUCCCACGUUAUCUCAUCCCAUGUUACUUCGAUGCUAUAUUAAUUGGUGCAUACACCACUCUUCUGGAUAUAGCAUGGAAGCAGAUGUCAAGCUUUGUUCAGAAUGGCUCUACCUUUGUGAAACACCUUUCCCUGGGAUCAGUGCAGAUGUGUGGAGUAGGAAAGUGCCCUUCUCUGCCACUUCUUUCACCUUCACUUAUGGAUGUACCAUACAGGCUAAAUGAGAUCACAAAAGAAAAGGAGCAGUGUUGUGUGUCUCUAGCUGCAGGCUUACCUCAUUUUUCUUCUGGUAUUUUCCGCUGCUGGGGAAGGGAUACUUUUAUUGCACUGAGAGGUCUACUGCUGAUUACUGGACGCUACGUAGAGGCCAGGAAUAUUAUUUUAGCAUUUGCUGGUACUCUGAGACACGGUCUCAUUCCUAAUCUCCUGGGUGAAGGAACUUAUGCCAGAUACAAUUGCCGGGAUGCUGUGUGGUGGUGGCUACAGUGUAUUCAGGAUUACUGUAAAAUGGUUCCAAAUGGCCUAGACAUUCUCAAGUGCCCAGUUUCCAGAAUGUAUCCUACAGAUGAUUCUGUUCCUUUGUCUGCCGGCACACUGGAUCAACCAUUGUUUGAAGUAAUACAGGAAGUAAUGCAGAGACACAUGCAGGGCAUACAAUUCCGAGAAAGGAAUGCUGGUCCACAGAUAGAUCGAAACAUGAAGGAUGAAGGCUUUAAUAUAACCGCAGGGGUUGACGAAGAAACAGGAUUUGUUUAUGGAGGAAAUCGCUUAAAUUGUGGCACCUGGAUGGAUAAAAUGGGAGAAAGUGACAGAGCUAGAAACAGAGGCAUCCCUGCCACUCCAAGAGAUGGGUCUGCUGUGGAAAUUGUGGGCCUGAGUAAAUCUGCUGUCCAUUGGUUGCUGGAAUUAUCCAAAAAAAGAAUUUUCCCUUUUCAUGAAGUCACAGUAAAAAAGCAUGGAAAGGUUGUGACAGUCUCCUAUGAGGAGUGGGACAGAAAAAUACAAGCCAACUUCGAAAAGUUGUUUCAUGUAUCAGAAGACCCUUCAGAUUCUAAUGAAAAGCAUCCUAAUCUGGUUCACAAACGUGGAAUAUACAAAGAUAGUUAUGGAGCUUCAAGCCCUUGGUGUGACUAUCAACUCAGGCCUAAUUUUACCAUAGCAAUGGUUGUAGCCCCUGAGCUCUUUACUGCAGAAAAAGCAUGGAAAGCUCUGGAGAUUGCAGAAAAAAAAUUGCUUGGUCCCCUUGGCAUGAAAACUUUGGAUCCAGAUGAUAUGGUUUACUGUGGAAUUUAUGACAAUGCCUUAGACAAUGACAACUACAAUCUUGCUAAAGGUUUCAAUUAUCACCAAGGACCUGAGUGGCUGUGGCCUGUUGGGUAUUUUCUUCGUGCAAAAUUAUAUUUUUCCAAAUUGAUGGGUCCUGAGGCUAAUGCCAAGACUGUGUUUUUGGUUAAAAACAUUCUUUCCCGACACUACGUUCAUCUUGAGAGAUCCCCUUGGAAAGGACUUCCUGAACUGACCAAUGAGAAUGGCCAGUACUGUCCGUUCAGCUGUGAAACACAAGCCUGGUCAAUUGCUACUGUUCUUGAAACACUUUAUGACUUAUAGUUGAUUGAUGGAUAUGUAUUAAGUAUGCAGUCACUUAAGUUAUGGAGUGCAAGGUCAAAAUAUAAUGUAAAUGUUUUAUAUGCACAGGCUUGAAUCAUUUAAAAAAAAUCUUAUUCACAGGAUAUUGAUACCCAGUUAGGUAAGACUUCAAAAGCAUUGGUCUUUCUUUUGUUCUUUUUUAUUACUGUACAGUGGUAGCUUUUGAUUUGAAUCAGAAACAAAAACUAUCAUAACCAAAAGGAUGUUUUUCUUUUGAAUUCAGAAAGAAUUCUUGAAAUGCCUAGGAAUAAAGAGUUUGAUCCUGAGUUUGAAAAAAGAAAAAUCAUGUAACCUACUGUACAUAAGUAAAAAUGAAAUAUGAGAAUGUAAUAAUGAAAGAAAUGGAAAAGUAUCUUCAAAUUGUGGUAUUAUAUUUCUUUAGUAAUAAUACAUGCAGAAUAUGCUAUAGUUAACUAAUGUUCUCUCACCUUUUACUGUAUUAUUCCUAGCACCUUCCACACUGCAUUUGAUAAAUAGUAACCAAAUAUUGAAUCACGGGAGUAUCUAUCUACAAUGUUAUGUUCAGAAAUGGAGCACAGAUGUUCACUGUGUGCUUUUAUUUCACUAAUAUAUUAAUAUGUUUUUAAUAUAAUGAAUGCCAUAAUUUUAUGUUAAUGAUGCAUACAUAGGAUGUAUGGAAAAAAACAAGCAUUUAAGAAUUUAUUUUCUAAAAAGUUUUAUAAAAUUAAUCUUGAGUUCCUGUUUCCUACUAUGAGAUGGUUUACAUUCUCAAAAUGCAUUUGUUGGUCAUAUUUAUGAGAACUUUGAAGAAAAACAUGCUAAAUUAAUUUUUCUAAAACUUAUUUUUGGUUUAUGUGUAAAAAUGUAUUGAUGGGUCAGAGUGGAUGCUAGUUUCCUAUUAACUGAAAGCUACAUAAGCUUAGCAUUGAGAACAAUCUUAAUAUAGUAAAAAUAUAUGAAUUUAGUAGUUAUCUUGAAAUCAGUAGAAUCAUUUAAAAAGUUUUUCAUGACGAUAAUUCUGAAGUCAUAAAAGGAAAUAGGUUUUUAACAUUUAUAUGAGUUGAUAUUUUUGAAUAAUACUUUAUUCUCCAGAUGGAAUUUUUAUCAUCUUACUGUUCUUGUCUCAAGAAAACACUUAAAUAAGACCACUGUACUUUUAGUUGAAAGAAAAUAGUUGCAAAAAUUAUUUCAUUACUAUUUAAUAUUAUUCAGUUGUAUAUUUAUAGUUAAUAAAAUAAUGGUACUGUAACACUUUUCUUGGUUAAAGGUCACAUACCCAACCAUCUUCAGUAUGACUAAGAAAUAAAAAUAAGAAAAGCAAGUAACUUAAACUUCUAGGUAGCAAAAAUAUAUGAAUACUUUAAGAUGUCAGAUUCCCACAUUCAAAAGCUCUUACAACUUAAUGUGUCCUGCACACCCUUCUUCAAAGCUGACCCUACUUUAGAGAUAGUUUUAACAGCUUACUUUUUUGGUUUCCCAACCUAAAGCAGAUUAAAUCCUACAAAUUUAGUCGUCUGGUCACUAUCUAUAAACGCAUCGGUAUCCAAAUGUCCCUUCCUUCUUCAUUGCUCAAUGUAUAAAUUUUCUAACCUUUGCAGUUACAAGGAAUGACCUACCUUGAGGGAGUGAACCAUUAGUCAUCAAAGAUUUUUUGCAGUUAUGUUGCUCUACCUUAACCUCUUAUAUUAAAUGUGGUAAGAAAAAUAACUGAAAACCAAUGUAUUUAAUGAAAUUAAAUAAUAGCUGAUAGUUAAAUGGGAUGGAUGGAUGGAUAGAUAGAUAAACAGAUAGACAGAUAGAUAAAAAGUUGACAAUUUCUAAAACAUAGCCAUAUUGGGUUGAAGGGCAAUUACCCACCUCAGUAAUUUUUAAGGGUAUCAUGUUGUACUAGAAAAUUAAGUGGUUGAUACUCCAAUAAGGACUAUUAGGGAAAGAACAUUGUGAUUAUCUGCAUGGUCUGUUUUAAAGUUUAAGAAAGCAUGUUAGAUAUUAUUUCAUCAAAAGUAGUUAAAAUAACAGUUUUAGACUUUAGAGGGAUAAAUGUCAUUUGAAAAACACCUAAAUAAAAUGCUUCAUUCCUGAGUGAUGUUGGAUGAGGUACCAUUAUAUUACAUUUUGGUGAUGGUUCUGUGCCUUGGUUUUUCACUAAUCCAGAUCAACCUUACUCUUUAACAUGAGAAGUAAGUUUACCAGUAUAACCAAUAUGCUGUGAUAAUUUAAUAAGUUUCAAAGAUAGUUGAGGAAACAUGAGACCUGUCAUCAUAUCUGUGGACAUUAUAACCUAGUGAAUUGUAAUUCAUUUCCAAUAUAUCUUCAACUGCUAUAUCUAGUUUAAAAAUGUCAUUUUUAUGUCUGUGUGCCAAGAAAAUAAAAAUC